AUGCACUUAUUCUCUUAUGAAAAUGCCAAACUUUACAAGGAGAAAACAAAAAUAUGGCAUGACAAGGACAAUCAACCAAAAGUGUUUGAAGAGGGCCAGCGAGUCUUGCUUUUUAACUUGCGCUUGAAGCUAUUUCUAGGAAAGCUCAAGUCAAGGUGGUCAGGCCCAUUCUUGGUGGUUAACGUGUAUCCCUAUGGAGCGGUGGAGUUGCAUGAAAAAGGAUCUGAAAGAGAAUUCAAGGUUAAUGGCCAAAGACUCAAGCACUAUUGGGGAGGUGAGGUAGAGCGAAACAAGAGCUCAUUCUCUUUGAAGGAUCCUUGA